CGAUAACCAUUACAAAACAAAGAUGCGGCUGUUCUCUGAUGUUCCCAUUGAAGCGUUACUAUUUAUUAAUGCAACUGAAAAUAACGAACCGACCUUACAUUAAUACAACCAUGGGGAGCUAGCUGACAAAGGUGUAUAGUGCGUUUUAAUUGCUAGGCAUACGUCUCUUUCUUAACAACACAAGGAUGCAGCAGCAAUCACUGCAAACUUGAUGCACUUGUCUCCGGUUGGAGAACAGCCACAGGUAGAUGCGAGCCGCGAUUUAGACCUAAUCUAUAGGCUCGCCCCCUGUUUUCCUUUACCAUACGCGGGGAUUAAACGUUUCCUAGGAUUGGUUACAGUUCCUCCCAAAAAGUGAAAUCACAAGUACGGCGCGAGGCUGGAGCUGCUGCCCUUUUUUUGCUGUUGAACUAUUUUGGGAAUGCGAGCUGUUCGCGUGCGGCACUAAGCACGUUCUCUGUGUUAAGUUGUUGCGGGAGCUGCUUUUUCUAACAGUAAACGCUGCGGGUUGUACGCAAACGAUUUUGUCCACCUUAGUGGAGGGUAAAGGACGAGGACCUACAAUGAACGCGUGCUUGAUUUUAAUGUCUGCAUUCCUGUUUGUCUUAUUUGAUGCGGUUCUGUCAUUAACUCGACCGGUUUAUACAAAUCACUGGGCUGUCCAAGUUGCUGGUGGCUCCGUAGAGGCAGAUAAGCUUGCAGCUAAAUAUGGGUUUAGGAAUAUGGGGAAGGUGCAGUGGAUCGAACAGCAGCAGGUGAAAGGAAGGGUCAAAAGACAGGUCCUGACUGACUUGAACCAUAUCCACUUCAGUGAUCCAAAAUGGGCAGAUAUGUGGUAUAUUCAUUGUAUUGAAAAAGGCAGCGGCUGUAGAACAGAGAUGAACAUUCUUGCUGCAUGGCAAAGAGGAUAUACAGGAAAAGGCAUUGUGGUAACAAUUCUGGAUGAUGGACUUGAAAGAAACCACCCUGAUCUCAAGCCUAAUUAUGAUCCUCGUGCAAGCUAUGAUGUGAAUAGUGAAGAUGAUGAUCCAACACCACGAUAUGAUAUCAGCAAUGAAAAUAAGCAUGGAACACGUUGUGCUGGUGAAGUUGCUGCUGUCGCAAAUAAUUCUCAGUGCAUUGUGGGUAUAGCUUACAAUGCUAGAAUAGGAGGUGUCCGUAUGUUAGAUGGUGAUGUAACUGAUGUUGUUGAAGCAAAGUCUCUUGGUAUAGGCCUUGGCUAUGUUGAUAUUUAUAGUGCAAGCUGGGGCCCUGAUGAUGAUGGAAAGACAGUAGAUGGACCUGGACCCCUGGCCAGACGAGCUUUUGAGCAAGGAAUUAAAAAGGGUCGGAAAGGAUUAGGCUCCAUUUAUGUUUGGGCAUCAGGAAAUGGAGGAAAACCAAAAGACCAUUGUUCAUGUGAUGGCUACACCAACAGUAUCUAUACCAUUUCUGUCAGUAGUACAACAGAAAGUGGCAACAAACCAUGGUAUCUAGAAGAGUGCAGUUCUACUAUGGCAACCACCUACAGCAGUGGAGAAUUUUAUGACCAAAAGAUUGUUACUACAGAUAUGCGACUGCGCUGUACAGAUGCCCACACAGGAACCUCCGUUUCUGCUCCUAUGGUUGCUGGAAUAAUUGCCUUGGCUUUAGAAGCAAACCCCUUACUUACUUGGAGAGAUGUUCAGCAUUUGAUAAUAAAGACUUCAAGACCUGCACAUUUGAAGGCACCGGACUGGAAAGUAAAUGCAGCUGGAUUCUCUGUUAGCCACCUUUAUGGUUUUGGUUUAAUAGACGCAGAGGCCAUGGUUCUUGAAGCCAAGAAAUGGAAAACAGUCCCUGUUCAGCGACUUUGCAUCGGAAAAGCAGUUAAAGUUCAAAGGGAUAUUCAAAUCAGUGAAGCCUUGCAGAGUACAUUUCUGUCCACUGGCUGUUCAGAUGCACACAACCAACACGUGACACAUCUAGAACAUGUUAUUGUUAGAGUUACAGUUGUGCAUCCUCGACGUGGAGAUCUACAGAUUAAUUUGAUUUCUCCCUCUGGAACAAAGUCGCACCUUUUAGCCAGAAGAGCAUAUGAUUAUUCCGGUGAAGGUUUUAAGCACUGGGAAUUCAUGAGUGUUCACUACUGGGGAGAGCAACCAGCUGGAGAAUGGACCUUGGAAAUCUAUGAUGUACCAACACAAAUGCGGCGCCCACGUGUACAUGGAACACUUGAAGAGUGGACACUUAUAUUGUAUGGGACAUCAGAAUACCCUUAUUCUCGGACCUCUGCACAUUCGCGUUCAAGAAUGCUAGAAAUUCCCAGCAGGGAAAAUGCACAGUUUAGGCUGGACUCUACCACCAGCCCACAUGAGAUUACUGAAGAUGAUGAGGAAUACAAUGGACCUUGUCAUCAAGAAUGUGGAGGACAGGGAUGUGAUGGCCCUGAUGCUCAUCACUGCUGGGACUGUAUACAUUACAGUAUUGGAAGUACCAAAUCGGGCAGGAUAUGUGUAAAUUCAUGCCCGCCAGGAUUCUUUGGUGACAACAGUACACAGAAAUGUAGACGGUGCCAUAAAGUUUGUGAGGCUUGCACUGGCAGAAGUCAGAAUGAUUGCACAUCUUGCAAAAAGUGGUAUUACCAUCUUCAACAGGAUCAUCUCUCAUGCGUGCUAACAUGUCCAUCUGGUUUUUAUGGAGAUGAAAGGCAGCGACAGUGUCUGCAGUGUGCCAGCAAUUGCAGCAAGUGUAAUGAAAGUCCAGAAACAUGUACUGAAUGCAAAGCAGGAUUCAGGCUAAUUGGAACAAUCUGUGUCCCAGACUGUAACCCUGGUUCAUUUGUCAGCCUUGGGGAAGUGACUUGUGAUUGGUGUCCUCAGUCUUGCUUUUCCUGCACAUUUUCUUGGACAAAAGAGUGUGCUUACUGUGCAAAGUCUCUUCCGCUGGAGUGGAAGUGUGUUUCAUCAUGUAGUAUGGGGUUUUACCCUGAAGAAGUACCAGGCCUACCCUAUAAAGUCUGCAAAAGGUGAUAACAUCAUUUGUGAGAUGGUGAAGUCAAGCAAUCUCUGUCUAAAUGAUCUCCUUUCACAUUACUGCUGUCGAUCAUGUCGAAGUGGAUAAAGACCAUUCAUAACAAGACUUUCAAGAUUUCAAGGAACCAUUUCUAAUAUCCAGGUCUGCACACCAUUGACAGAUGUAACUUGCAGUUUUGGUGCAGUGUCAUUCAGCAUAAGUGAAAUUCACUGCCCAUGCUUGACCAGUCAUAUGCAAACACCAUCAGUGUUCAAAUGUCCAUACAAGUUUUCUGAGCUUUAAGCACAAAUUCAUGAUGACAGUGAAAUGACAAGAAAAGGACAUUUAAGAGUUCUGAAAAUUUUUCUACAGCUGUUCUUAAAAAUGACAUUGUAGUACUACAGAAAUCCUUGCCUGGGAUUUUUUCUUAACACUGGCUGAAAAAACAGACAUGGAGAAUGCAAUUGUCUGAUCUGCAAUUUUUUCUGCCCUUCCAUACCAAAUGCAGACAAAGAUAACCAACAAUACCAGCAGAAAAUAACCAAAGUGGUAUUCUUGAGUAUUGCCAGAUUUCAUGACGAACAGCUGUUUUUCUUUGCUUUAAAGUCACAUGUAUAAAUGCCUUUCUCUUUAAUAGACACUUCAUGGACUGUUGCUUCUUCUGGACAAACCCCAGAUAUGCAAUGAAGACCGAGUCCAAAAAAAAAAAAAAAAACUUAUUACAAAUGUUUCAAUUUAGAUAUAAUUUUCAGUGAAAUAAAGGACUUUCUAAACAUGUUUUGAACCCCUUUGUAUACUGUUCUGUUUUAUGGUUUUAUUUCAUGGUCUUACAGUUUAAGGUGUACUGGUUGAAUAAUACAGGCCAGAUAUUCACAGAUGUAACUGAACCAGUAAUUUUAGAUUUUGCUUUUAUUGGUCUCAAAAAAAGAUUAGUUAUGUUUUAGUUAAAUCCCCUAAGAGGUGUUUAUAAUGCCAAGUUAUCUACCGCAUUCACCUAUUUUCCUUCAUGUUCGAAAAUAAAAUUGUGAACUUUGGUUUAUCGUAAAUUAUGGAUAUUUUCACUUUCUGGAUUGGCGUUAGCUGGGUGUUUUCUUUCCUGGACUUACACAUGCUGUUUAAUUGGAUUCUUAUGCUAUGACACUUUGUGUUUCUUGCAAGUUUUAAAUGUCUCUUAAAACUGGCAGCUGUGAUUUUUAACUGUUUUCUAAUAUGGAUAUUUUACAUUUUGUUGUUGACAAGGUUUUAUUGUAAAGAUAUUUUUAUUCAAAGUGUCUGACUUCUUAUACAAAACGUCAGAGAGUAGGUGGCAGUUUACCUCUUAUAGUUAACCUGAAGGUCCUCUUUCCCUUCAAGUACUUGCCUUAACAUCAUUGUGUACUUCCCCUCCACUGUCUCUGCCAUGUUUGGCUGAAGCCUGAUUAUCAUAUAAACUGUCAUCGCCUGGCAGCAUGUCAUUCUGUGCAUUCACCACCUUUCAGGAAAAAAACAAGUUUCACUUCUUUCACCCACCAACAGCCACUGGUCAGUCACUGAAACGUAUUCUUUACCUAUCUGCUGUUCCUGGCUUGAACAAUCUGAUCACAUCUUACUUUUUUUCUAGACUUUGCAUGGUGAAUGGUAUGCAGCCUUUUUUUCAUUACUGUAGCUGCUGUUGCAACUCACCAGUUUGGUUUCUGCCCCACUCUAAAAGAAAAAAUGAAUCCCUUUUAUGGCACAGUUUUCUUUGUUUAUAUAUAUAUAUAUAUAUAUAUAUAUAUAUAUAUAGUACUCCAGAUGAGGCUUGUUUUACAGUAAGAUUAUUACUUCCUCCUCCACCUCAGACAUAUUCCACUUUGUGUACUGCACUGUAUUGUUUACUCAACCUAGCAUGACUUCUUUUGUUAAAGCACUACAUUAUUUUCACCAUAAUGAUUAUCACCUCUGUCUAUCCUACAUGUGUUCCCACUUUUAGCUUGUGCAUUGGUUGAAGUUGCCCAAGUUUAAUAUGUUAUAGUUUUAAAAUUAAUCCUAAGUACUAUCUCUCUGUCUUUCCGAUGUUCUAGCCCUCAAAACCUACUUUUGUUUAGCAGCAAUUUCUUGCACUGCAGGCUAUAAAUCACUGUAUCUACAAUGAAAGCACUGAACAGUACUGUUCCAAACAAAACUUCAUAGUUUCCCUCUGAUAGCCAGGCCAGAUGUCAGUACUUUUCUUGGCCCAUCUCUAAACUUUGCAUGUCCUGUUAGUGCCUCAGGUACUUUUCCAACUACUAAGCAAACUGGCAGGUUUACAUUUUCCUCUAAAUGGAAAUUCUUUGCAUAUUUUUUUUAAAAGCUGAGGGUUCCUCCUCUUUAAAAGUGUGAUUUGUCCUAAAUCACUUGCUAGCAUUAGUUGAGGCUGAUUCCCUGUAUUUUGCAGUUAAAUUUCUUUGCAGAUUCAUGUCAUCCUUUCAAAGUCUUCGAUAUAUUUUCAAUGAAGUUUCUUCUUUAAAGGCCACCAAUUAAAAAUCUGCCUUCCCACGCCACACCAACACUUAUUUGAGUUUUGUACUGUGCUCAUUAACUUGGCCAACCCUAAGCUUACUAACUUCUUCUAAACUUGUUAUUUUCCUAGAAACCUGUCUCUUGGUGGUACUUUAUCUCAAACGAUCUGAAAACUGCAGAUGCUUUUCUGAUCAGUCCAUCCUUAGUUUUCUACAGGACAGAUUCAGUCUUCACACAAGCCUAGAAUUCUUUCCAAAACUUGUCUUGGAAUGUCACACUAAAUUAAGAUGAUCAUUUAUCACUGUUUCUCAACACAGGAUGAGAGCAGGAGCUCAUCUUCACACUUUGAUUAUUAGAGUACUUGAGCAUAGUUUAUGGACAGCUUCCUAGUGACAGGCUAAAUGUACCCUUUGCUAGAGUAGAGCUGACAUAAUGGUGCUCACAUUGCAUAAUCUAUUUGAAAAAAAAAAAAAAGGCCAAGUCCUUUCCUGGUCCUUUCAGAAUGGAUCACUAUUGAAAUGUCUGCACUCAUAACACCAAGUGCCGACAUAUGGGGAAAGAAGAGA